AUGUCAGAGGUCCUCACUGUAGACGCUAUUUUGUUUGGGCUCUUGGUCUUCUCUGGUAUCCUUGGAAACAUCUUGGUCAUCCAUGUGGUGUUGCAGUCGGCCCUUAAGAGUCCGUCUCGGAGGCUCCCUCCCUCGGACACUAUUUUGGUGCACCUGUCUCUGGCCAACCUGCUGACCUCGCUUUUCCGCACAGUGCCCAUCUUUGUGUCCGACCUGGGCUUGGAUGUGUCUCUGUCUCCGGGCUGGUGCCGAAUCUUCAUGUUGCUGUGGGUGUGGUGGCGAGCUGUGGGCUGUUGGGUGACUCUGGCACUAAGCGUCUUCCACUGCACCACCCUGAGGCGGCAGCAGGUGAACUUUGGCCCUCUCGCACAGCAGAGGGAGAGGCGGCGGGUUUGGAUCGUUCUGGGGCUGGUGUGGGGGCUUAACCUGGCCUUCUCAAUUCCAGCCUUGGUAUACAGCACUCACGUUCACGGCAACGCCACUGUGGAGCUGAUGGUGAUCAGCUGCACCACUAGGCCUCUUCUGGGCUGUGUCUGGGAGUUCCCCUCCAACCAACAAGGCUCAGCCUUCGCCUCUUCCUCCCUUGCACUUAAUGAGGUGUUGCCGCUGGUGCUGAUGGUUUGCACCAACCUGGCCACGCUUCAUGCGCUGGCAAAACACAUACGAGCUGUUACUGCAGGGACAGAGUCAGGAGGAGCCUGCGGGGAGAUGGACAAACACUUGUCCACUGAACGCAAAGCGGCUCAUGUGAUCAUGUCGCUGGUGUCACUCUUCGUGGUCUGCUGGGCACUGCAGGUUGCUGCGGUGACGUACUACAACCACGAUGGGGGACACCACGCUGAAGGGCUGCUGACUGUGGCUCACUUCUCAGCCUCACUGUUUGUAGGAUUCAGUCCCAUGGUGGUGGCCCUGGGACAUGGCAAGCUGAGGAGGAGAAUCGUUAGUAUGAUCCUGAUGUGGUCGAAAGUGCUUAAAUGUCACAGGAAGAACACUGAGGAGGGGGGUGAAUCCCCAAAGACUAAAGGAAAGAAGGGAAAACAAAGUGUUUUUAUUGUCCAAAAAGAAAGGAAGGUCAUAAAAGUGAAGGAGAAAGUUAGGGCAAAUAAAUGA